UCAGCCGUCCACAAAUAUGUACGUCAUCCGUGCUCUUAUCUUGCUCCUAACCAUUUACAUCUCAACAUCGUCCGCAUUUCCAUCGCCUCUUGUCAAUAGAGAAUCUCGUGCGCUGGCACCGUCCGUCGAGUCAUGGUGCAUCUUUUACCCAGAAAAAUGCCGCAUGCUGAGAUUCGCUGGAACACACAAAAGAAACAUGAUGGAAGACUUCGAAUACUGAUGAUCGUCUUAAUAAAUUAAUAAAAAUGUUCCUAAUGUUGUUAUUUUGGUUUCUUAUUAUAAAUAGGUGGGGGAUGAGAUGGUGAUGAUAAUGAUAAUAGUGAUGAUGAUGAUGAUAUCAAUAAAUUAUUUUAUAUA